UUAAUUUGCUGCCAGACUUGCUUGCCAUUUCGCCUUUUGGAGUGUUAACGAACUACUGUACUGCAAGACUGAACAUCACUAUCUUAUGACCACAUUCGUAAAUUUAUUUUUUACCACAAAAAAAACAGACCCUUAGUUAAUAGGAUGUUGGAAUUUUACUGUUGCACUUCCGCGAACGGGAACACCUUAACUGUAAAGUCUGUGCUUGGUUUCAUACUCACAUUUGUCAAUAAAUAACACGCGAUUUCAAACCGGACGUGCUACAGCGUGCAAUUUUUUUAUUUUCUUAUUUCAAUUGUAUUGUAAUAUACAUUAGUAAUGGAUUUUUCAACUGCUAAAACAGCCGUUCUCGACUUGCUUUCCAAAGUAGAAUCUAGUGAACUCUCCAAACUCGUUCAGUGGUUAAGGGUAUCCAAUGAACUGGAUGAGUGCUGCACUGACAACAACGACAUUAUACUUAAAAGUAUUGCAGAAGAUCUUAGAAGUUGUUUACCUGUGGAAGCAAUGGUUAAAUCAGAAUCCAGAGCUAUUCAGAAGAUGCAGAAGAAUCCAGAACCUACGAUUCAUGUAGACGCGUUCCUAUAUGAUGAGGAGUUUGUUGACUCUCUGUGUGAGGAGGGGAAGAUGAGCAGGAACUACUGUUUAAACUGUGGAUCCCACAACACUUCUCCUUUGGGUUUCAUCUCACACUCUUUCUCCACAAUGGAACUCAAGUUUCUUUUCCAUCAUGUAUUACCAGAUCUGACAGGAAAAGUGCUUGUUGAUGUGGGCUCCAGACUUGGGGCUGUGCUGUAUGGGGGCUAUUUAUACAGUUCUGCCUCCCAGUUAGUCGGGGUAGAGAUCAAUGCGGAUUUCUGCCAGCUUCAGCAAAUGGCAAUCACAAAGUAUCACUUUAAAGACAGAAUACAGGUAGUCCAUGCAGACAUUUGUUCCCAGAGUUCCCUCCUGCAAAAUGCUGAUGUCAUAGUUAUGAACAACGUAUUUGAAUACUUUCUUGAUGCAGAAGAACAGAGCAGGGCAUGGCAAUGUGUGAGUCAACAUACAAGAAAGAAAGGAGCCUUAUUGCUAACUGUGCCAAGCCUUCAAGAAUCAAUUGAGCGACUUCAGUUUUCUAUACAGCUUAAUCAAUGGGUGGAAGAAGUUCCCCUUGACUAUGAAGUAUAUCUGGGGCAGGACACUGAUGCAGAUGCACUGAAGCAGGUCCAUCUCUACAGAAUACUUUAACUUAUCAAAGUGUUUAGGACAACAUCUAUACCAAACUACUAGUGCCACAAUUCAGAAAGAAGGUGGUAAAACUCCUAAGGAGUACUAACAUUUGAAACUGCUGUUAAACCGCAUGUAGCCAAGCAUUUCAACAGACUCUGAGCCUCCUAGUUCUUGGAUUCCAAAGGUUGUGAAAUAUUCAUCAUGCUAAAAUAAGUGUGCUGUAGUUUGUAAAUUACAAUGGCUUUGCCAUGCGUAGGCCUUUUAUUCGCCACACUGUUUUUUGUUAUAUAUAUAAUUAAAAUAAGCCAGGCUCUUUUGCAUAGUAGUUAAGCCUGUGGAUCUGGUUGCCAAACCCAUGUCUGCCUAAGGAAAUCGGAAGCCAUCAUCUUUAACAAAUUUGUGAGUUAAAGCUGUUUGAAAAGGACACUCAAAGACAUGCUUACUAACAUAUUUUUGUAUAAAAAAAUACAAUUUGAUUCAGAACAACAACAAAAAAUCAAUUUUGCAUGUUUGAAUAAUAUCCAAAUUGGACAAAUAAAUCUAGAUACCUGUGCUGAAAAA